AUGUCCGACCUCAAGACGUACCUCGCUUCAAGGUACAUGUCUGGGCCGAAAGCUGAUGCGAUUCUUGCUCGCUCAACGGAUCCCAGUGUCAAGAAGAAGAGGAAGAAGAUCAAGAAUGAAGAUUAUAUCGGAGGAUCGUCCGUUCGACCAGGCGAAAGCAGCAGCGGCGCAAUCGUGGCUUCAGGUUUAGGGAUAAGAGAUGAGGAUGAAUGGCGGACUAGAGAUGAUGAUGAGAUUGAUUUCGAUGGGGAGGAUGCGCCGGUCCUUGGUAAAGACAUUGCUACAUUUAAAAAGUCGAAGAAUCAAUGGGCUACGGUUGGAGCGUCAACGAUACCUGUCGCUGGACCUUCGCGUACGAAUGGGACUUCUGGUGACGAUUCAAUGACAGAAGUCAAACAGGAACCGAUGGAUGAACCUGGCACAGCGACUGCUGCAGCUGCAUUACCCGCCGUUCAGAUGACCAAACGUCGUGGAGGAUUAAGGACAGCAGCCCAACUCAGAGAAGAGGAAGAAGCGCUUCAGGCUGCUGAGAGAUCGCCUUCACCCAUCGACGAGAAGCCUGGGGAGAGCAGCUCAGGUGCUGGAGCUCGACCGGACCCGACUCAAACCAUUCAUCGUGAUGCUUCUGGUCGGAUCAUAGACGUGGAGAAACUCAAGGAAGAGGAGAAAAAGAGAGUCGAAGAGGAGAAGAGGAAAGAGAGGGAGAAAGAGGAAUGGACAAAAGGUAUGACACAGAGGAAGGAGAGGGAAGAGAGGGCGAGAGAAGAGUUGGAGAUGAGGGACAAGGAUGUCUCGAGGUUCGCGGACGAUGCCAAAAUGAACAAGGAGUUGAAAGAAGUAGAGCGAUGGAAUGAUCCAGCCUCAGAGUUCUUAACUAAAAAGAAGAAGAAGCAAAAAGGUCCUAGGAGACCAAAGUGUCAAUUCUCAAUGAUCCCCAACCGAUUUAAUAUAGCUCCAGGGUUCAGAUGGGACGGUGUAGAUCGUAGCAAUGGAUUCGAAAAGAAAUUCUUCCAGUAUCAAAAUGCUGCCGCAAGGCGGACUUAUGAGAGCAAUCAAUGGAGCAUGGAGGAUAUGUAA